CCCGGGGAGGGGCGGGGCUUUACCGAGCGCUUCCGGGUCGGCGCCCUCCCCGUCGAGCGCGGCGGAGGGAGGAGCAGCGGCGGGGCCUGCCCGGCCCAGCCCAGCUCAGCUCAGCCCAGCGCGGCGCAGCCAGUUUCGCUACAGAUAUGACUGGCUAGCUGCUGUGCUGCUCCUAUGCCCCAGCACUCACUACCCUGUGAUGUCAGAUAACAAACACAAGAAGUGAGUCACAAAACGUGUGGUGAGAAACCAAAUGCAGCUUGCCUUUGAGUCCUCAAGAUCACAAUCGAAUGGUUUGUACUUCAUAACGAUGCGUUAAGAAACUGGAUACAGUGCCAAAAGAACUCAAUACAUUUCCAUGACACUCCUGGAUCCUGACUGAGAUACUUUUGGAUUAUAUAUAUUUCUGUUCUAAGGAGAGGAGUGCACUCUUGGAUUCCUUUCUGCCAGCUUGCUGGCAGAGGAGCUGUACUAAGAUCAUGGACCAUCCCAGUAGGGAAAAGGAUGAAAGGCAGCGGACGACAAAAGGGAUGCCAGGGAGGAGCAGUCACGGCUCUCGGCCAAGCUCAUCUGCAUCUUCUGGUGUUCUUAUGGUGGGACCCAACUUCAGAGUGGGCAAGAAGAUUGGGUGUGGGAACUUUGGAGAGCUCAGACUAGGCAAAAAUCUCUACACCAACGAAUAUGUAGCGAUCAAACUGGAACCAAUAAAAUCACGUGCACCACAACUCCAUUUAGAAUACAGAUUUUACAAACAGCUUGGAAGUGCGGGAGCGAAGCAGUCUGUUUACUUGUCAGGAAGCGGAAUCAAGAAAAAUGAAGGUGUUGUGAAGAAACUUGCCACUGAAGAUAGGGCUGAGGUGCCUCAGCAAGGAGUGGUGACAGCUGAAGGGCUUCCCCAGGUUUAUUACUUUGGACCGUGCGGAAAGUACAAUGCCAUGGUACUGGAGCUGCUUGGUCCCAGCUUGGAAGAUCUGUUCGACCUCUGCGAUAGGACAUUCACUCUGAAAACGGUAUUAAUGAUAGCCAUCCAGCUGAUCUCUCGAAUGGAGUACGUUCAUUCCAAGAACCUCAUCUACCGAGAUGUCAAGCCAGAAAACUUCCUUAUUGGCCGGCAAGGCAAUAAGAAAGACCACGUCAUUCACAUCAUAGACUUUGGACUGGCAAAGGAGUACAUUGACCCAGAAACCAAAAAACACAUACCUUACAGGGAACACAAGAGCUUAACUGGAACGGCGAGAUACAUGUCCAUCAACACGCAUCUUGGCAAAGAGCAAAGUCGUCGAGACGACUUGGAAGCCCUUGGCCACAUGUUUAUGUAUUUCCUCAGAGGCAGUCUGCCCUGGCAAGGACUGAAGGCUGACACCUUAAAAGAGAGGUAUCAGAAGAUUGGGGACACGAAGAGAAACACUCCGGUUGAAGUUCUCUGUGAGAACUUUCCAGAGGAGAUGGCCACAUACCUCCGUUACGUUCGGCGAUUAGAUUUCUUUGAGAGACCAGACUACGACUACUUGCGGACCAUCUUCACAGAGCUCUUUGAGAAGAAAGGCUACACCUUUGACUAUGCCUAUGACUGGGUCGGCAGGCCAAUCCCUACUCCAGUGGGGUCUGUUCAUGUAGAUUCUGGGACGUCUGCAAUAACGAGAGACAGCCACAUCCAUCGGGACCGACCAUCACAGCAGGCCCUGCGCAAUCAGGCAUCAUCCGAUCGCCGAGGAGAGUGGGAGAUCCAGCCCAGCCGGCAGACCAAUACCUCGUACCUGACGUCUCAUCUGGCUGCAGAUCGACACGGAGGAUCAGUGCAGGUGGUUAGCUCAACCAACGGGGAGCUGAACGUGGACGACCCGACAGGGGCACACUCCAAUGCACCUAUAACAGCACAGGCAGAAGUGGAAGUGGUGGAGGAAGCUAACUGCCUGAAAAUGCUCAACUUGUGGUGCUGCUGCUUCUUUAAGAGGAAACGGAAGAAGACGGCUCAGCGUCACAAGUGACCGGUGCCUCCCGGGCCUUGCAGGAACACCACGUGCACCUGCGGCUCUUGCCCUGGCUAAUUGGAAGGGGCUUCUCUUUAGGGGGAGGAGGAGGCAUAGGAGGAAGAGAAAAAAAAAAGAAAAAAAGAAAAAAAAAAGAAAAGAAAAAGAAAAACAAACAAACAAACAAGUGACAUUUUAAACCAAAAAGAGAAGAAAACGUUCCAAAACAAACCACUCUUGGGUGGAUCUGCUGAAUGGUCUCCCUCGUUCACUCCAAGCCUGACGCUCCUUUUGGGACCAGGACUGUGGCUGGCUCAGGUCUUGGUUGCCCGGGACGGGGGCUGGCUGACCCUCCUUCCCGUUGGUUACGCGAAGGCGUCGUUCAUGCAAACGUGAGGACUGUGCUUAGUUCCUGCUCACCUUCCCCUCCUCCCUCCCCUGCACUCUUUGCUCCUCUGCCUUCCUCCCUCCUUUAAUAAGAAACACUGUAGGCUCAAUGGCUCUGGAGGGGGCAGGAGGAUGCGGUCGGGGCAACAGAGUUGCAUGGGAGAAGGGCCUGACUGCUGCAGCAGUGCUACACAGGUUCCCCCGUAGGCUCCUUGGGAACAGUGACACUGUAACGUGCAAGCUGUGAGAAAUUUGCAAUCUACUGUUCCAGUUGGGUUUCCCGGCUCCCCUCCCACCUCCCUCCUCUGACAGUAACAGAGCAAUGUGGAUUGUUUUAAAGAAACUGACGUUGUUGCACUUUUUAUUCUUUUUAGCAUUACAGAUGCACAUUGUAUCUGUGGAUCUCUGCGUGGACCAGUGGUGCCAGCGCAGACAUUCAGCUGGGAACGCAUUGGGGUGCAGACAGUGCCCUCCAGUGGGGAUGUUGACGACAUCCGCACAACCCUUGUGCCAGUUUGGGGUUCCCAGAGCCCGCCCUGGGCCGUGCGCUGAGGAAAGCAUACUUGAAUUUUCAAUCACCCUUCCCAUCUGCCAGUGAAUGUCCCCACCGUGGUUUCCUACACCGUGCCUGGCCCAAGCGGCCCACAGACAUGGAGGGCCAGCUGUUGGCAGCAGGGAGAGGCAGAGCAGGGUUAAUGUAACUGGGAACUGGUGCUUCCCAGGCUGCAGGCAUCGCUUGGUGCGGGGCUGGGUGAGCACACGGCCUUCCCCAGCCCUCCAUUAGGGUGGUUGUGAACACACACCUUCUGCGGGGAAGCGUGAGGAGCAAAGCUUCCCAUAAGGAGCAAAGCUUCCCGGGCAGAGUGGCGAUCCUUCACUGCCUUAAUACUGAUUUCAUCUCCAGACAGUCGGAUGGGUUUGACUGGAAUAGCCUUGGCAUCCUCCCACUGAGCUCAUGGUUUGUGCGUGGGCCAAGCACUCAGCUCACAGGGCACCUGGGUGUGAUGCCUUGUGUGUCCUGCUGCCACGCUUCCCCAGCCUGGAGGAGGCUGAGGCUGCUCCUGGAUGUGGCAGAGCUGUGCAAACUCGGGCAGUUUUCGGGGAGUUUGUGAAUAAAUAGAUGCUCAUGCUUUGUGUUUCCAUGUGUGCCACCUGACUGCACUGGGACUGUUUGCUUGAGGGACUUCACUAGCUGUUAACAUGGGCCUGUGCUCCAUGGGGAGUGUGGAGGGAGGGAGAAAGAGACGAGGCCUUGCAGCCCGUUGCAAGUGAUGAGCUGUGGGCUGUGGUUUGUGGUGUGACCCCCAGGAGCUCCCUUCCUCAGCACAUGGGGCAGAGCAUCGCUCCUUGUGCUUCCCGAAGCAGGUGUGAUGUCAGCACAGGAAGGCACUGCUUCUGUGCCAGGAUCCCCUGGCCGUCCUUAGCCAUCUUUGCCUCUUGUUGCCUUACCUGCCGGAGCUCUGAGUGUGGCCGUACCUCCUCCCAGCGGCCCCUCGCGCUGCAGCCUGGCUCACUCCUUGCUUGCACGUCCUGCAGGAGCUGCACGCCCUCAUUCUGGCUUUCCUUGGGGUGCACCACAGGCUGGGGCAGGAAUGGACCUUCCAUCACCUGCGUGCGAGAGCCGGGGCAUGUUGUCCUCCCUUCCCCUCCCAAUGGAGGGUGGACAGGGACCAGCCACGUUCCACCCUCCCCGUUCUGACCUCUGCUGCCUCUCUGCAGUGCUGUGUCUCUGGCACGGGCCCUCUCUGCUGUAGGAAACCAUGGUCUUAAGGGGGGAAAGGGGUACAGAUGCUCCCUUGGAGCGUCCAUGUGCUCUGCAGAUGGAGCCGGGCCUCGAGACACUUCUGUUGCUGCCCUCCCAAGCCCCACUAAGUGCCUGUCACCAGAACUCGAUUCCUUCUGCAUCUCCUGCCGUGUGUGGUCAUUCCUUGCUGCAUCCGCCCCAGGAGCAGCUCGUAGUUGCAGCAUAUGUAAGUGUUUGCAGGGUGAGGGAGGGCGGGGGGAGAAGGGGCCAUCUCAAUGGUUUCUGUUCUUAAAUGGUUUUUUUUGUUGUUGUUGUUAUUGUUCCUUUUUUUGUUUGUUUAUUUGUUUUUUGUUUCUUUUUUAAGUGAAUGUAUUGAAUUGUUUAGGAACUUUCCUGCCCUUGUUUUUAAGCGGGUCGGUCGGUCGGAAGGCUGUUUCACCGCCACCCACUGCUUAUCUCCGGAGAUACGAUGUUCUUUUAACCCUAUGACGAUGUGUUUGUAGGGGAGGACAGUCCCCCCACGGCAUGCUGGUAAUGCUCACUUGUACCAAGCCCUCUUGCACUAUAAUCGUACGUUGGACUCUUUGACGGGGCAAAGAUGGUGGGAAUAAAAAGCAGGUUAAAUAAAAGCAGGUUGACAGCGAGAGCUGCACGUCACGAUCCGCCAUCGCGGGGCGGGAGCGGGGAGAGCCGAACCGGGCCGGGCCGGGAGGAGGCGGUGCGACCCGCGGGGAGAGAGGCCGGUCUGCGGGGAGGGGCAGCGCGGUGCCGUCUGCUGCGGUGUCAAGUGAGACCCUUGUUCCGUUGGAUUUUGGUUUUGUUUAGUUCUUUUCAAUAAAACAUUGCACUGCUGCA